GCCGUGUGCAUGCUGAACUGCUACCUGAAGGCGCAGGAGAAGCACGAGAGACCCGAGUUCAUCCCGUACGCUCACCUCCGCAUCCGGACCAAGCGUUUCCCCUGGGGUGAUGGGAACCAUACUCUGUUCCACAACCCCCACGUUAAUGCUCUCCCAACUGGUUAUGAAGAUUAA